AUGCCAGACGACGAACUUUCAAUUAACAUUCCCUCACUUCUUACUUUGGCAGUGGUUUCCUUCUUUGUGAUUCGAUGGUUCUUCAGUCGCGAUAGCGGAUCGGGGGGGAAUGCGUCAGGUCGCUUCCGCGGGCGGGUCGAUCCGGCGCAGGUUGAGCAGAUUUCGCAAAUGUUCCCUCAGCUAAGCAGACGAGACAUCAUGUGGGAUCUGCAGCGGAAUGGUGGCAGUGUCGCGGCGACCACGGAGAGGAUCCUAACAGGAAGAGGGUUGGAAACGCCUCCUCCAUCUUUUCAGCCCCAGAUCCCUCAGCCCUCGCCUGUCACAACCGCCGUGCGGACGACUUCUUCAUCUCAGGCUCCUCCGAAAUCACAAGGCCAAGAUCUUAUAUCUCGCUACAAUCUGAAAGACCGAAUCGAAAAAGAGGACGAGAGCGCGGAUGCUCCAGAGCAGACGUCGCAGCCAAGCGGUGGAUGGUCCCAGAACAAGAGUGAACGCCAGCGACUGCUGCAAAAACGGAGAGACGAUAUGAUUCUAGCAGCUCGGAGGAAGCUGCUGCAGAAGGAUCGUGAAGCUGCUGCCCGUGCGUCUGGGGCUGCAUCGUGA